CAUUCUUUAUCGCGAACGUUUUCACCACUGUUCAGUUGACUGAAAAACAUGAUUUGAUCGAUUUGAUCUCAAGAACAUAUAAAAACACGCACAAAGAAACAGUUUUAAAAACCGAGGGACAUUGAUUAACCUUUUUGAAAAGCAUUUUUUUUCAAUGGGGGAGGUGAGAAAACUGCAGAAGAAGUUAAGGCAAAUUGAGAAUCUGGAAAUCAGAGUUUCCCUCACCCCGGAGGAAAGGGUUAAGGUCUCAAAGAAGGCGGAGCUUCGUUCUCGAUUGGCUGAGCUCCUGCUGCAGCUUUCUGGCCCCCAGCAAUCCCAGUGCACUGUGGGAAACGGAGAGGAGCCGAUGAAGAGACACGUCGAGGGCGGCGUGGCUGCGGGUGCCGCCCAGUCUCCGGCGCCAAAGCUGACCCGGGCGUGUCCCGACGGAGAGGAGAGGAGGGAAAGACCCGAUCCCCCCCGACCCGAACCAGACAACACUCCGCCCACUGCUCCGCCCGACCCGCAGACAGGACAACAAGAGACAGAUCUCCAGUCCCUCAAAGCAUCAUGGGAAGCUGCAAAGUUCCGCCUGCGCAGGCUUGAGGGCCACAGUGACAUCAUCACCUGUGUGGUUGCCGUCGACAACCUGGUCAUUUCGGGCAGUCGAGAUACCACAGUUAAAGUGUGGCACGUUCCCACGGCAACUGAACAGAAGAAUCUGGGAGGUCACAGUGGGGGAGUGACCUGUCUGUGUGCUCCACCCCCAGAGCACUGCAGGAGACUGGCUCAUGCCGUGGGUGUGAAUGAGAGAGAGAGGCUUGUCAUCAGUGGAUCCAGUGACUGUACUGUGAGGGUAUGGGCUUUGACUUCAGGUCACUGUGUUAAAUCUGUUUACACUUUCAACGCUGUCAAUGCUCUGUGCUUCAGCCCUGAAGGGGACGGCUACAUCAUCACCGGCUCCGAUGCAGGUAAGCUGCAGGUGUGGAACUGGUUAUCCCUGGACAACUGUCAAUCAAUCAACGCUCACCAGGAUGCCAUCACCACGCUACAGUCCCAGGGUCCACUGCUGUUCUGCGGCUCUGUGGAGGGUGGACUCUCCGUCUGGGAGGUGGGUCAUUCCAGGACAGAACCCCUCAGGAGGCUCAACCAAUGGGGCGCGGAGGUCACUGGGUGUGGGUGUGGCCACGGGCGGCUAGACCUCAGUCCCCGUGGAGACCGUGUUUUCUUAGCGUGUGGCAGAGCCAGCAUACGUAUUCUCCACUGGAGCACAGGCACUUUGACCCGAUUAACUAAUCACAGCAGUGUUGCUGGGGUGACAGAUUGCGUCAAUCAAACUUCAGGCCUUCUGAUUGGCUCCUGUUUUGACCUGUCCAAUGGGGAGAGCACACUGAAUUUGUUUGCUCUUCCUCAGUGUAAGUAUCUGGUUUCGAUCACUGCACCAGAAUCUUCCAGAGUUCUGUGUUUCACGGCAUGGCUUACAGCUAGUGGGGGUCACCGAUGGGUCACAGGUGGUCGUGACCUCAUUGUUUGGGAGCAGCUUCAGGGAAAGACUAAACAAAAAGGCGAUGUCAUCGUGAGACGAGACAGACGAUUGGACGACGCGCUAAUGGAGUCUGAUGACGAUGACGAGGAGGAGGAGGAGGAGGAGGAGGAGAGUGAUGUAGAAGUUGAAGAUGAAGAUGAGGACAACAUUUCCCAGAAUGCAGAGACAGAAGAGUCAAUGAGGUCGUCGUGGUUACGCUGCAUCCUCCAAUGAGUCUGUCUUGCACAUUGCCACAGAGAAGAAGAAAAAAAUGAAACCUUGGGUAGAGAGAGAGAGAGAGAGAGAGGGAGGGA